GGAAAUCAUAUUUCUAGGAGAAUAUUUCCAAUCUUGCUUCCCUGGCUUCCCCCUUGUUUGCCUACAACCAAAAUUUCCCCACUCUUACUGGAAGUUUUCAGGAAAACGUCUCUGUUUCGUUCAAGGUUUUCUCACAUCAUCUCCAUGCCCCUGUCUUCUCAGUCCUCCUUUCCUAUUCUCCUCUCCCGCUUCUUAUCCUUUCUACAGGAAAGAUGCCGAUAGAAAUGCCUGGAGGCCUACCCUUCUCGGUGGACACAUGGACUCCUUCUUCCAUGAGAAAGAGACACCAUUUUAUUACUCAUGCCCACAAAGACCACUCCACUGGCAUCUCCACCCACUUUGCAUACCCAAUCUACUCUACUCCUCUCACCAAAGCCCUUCUUCUUCAACAUUACCCCCAGCUCGAUGAUUCGUUGUUUGUGGAUAUCAAGGUUGGGCAAUCGCUCGCUGUUGAUGACCCGGAUGGCAAUUUCUCUUUUACAGUUUUUGACGCGAAUCACUGCCCUGGGGCUGUAAUGUUUUUGUUUGAAGGCAAUUUUGGUAGUAUCCUGCACACAGGAGACUGCAGGCUAACAUCCGAAUGUCUGCUAAGCUUACCUGAGAAGUACAUAGGUACAAAAGGAAAAGUGCCUGCACAUCGACUUGAUUAUGUUUUCCUGGACUGCACAUUUGGUAGAUUUCCUUUGGAGCUUCCCAGCAAGCUGUCAGCAAUCCAACAGGUUAUCAAUUGCAUAUGGAAUCACCCUAAUGCUCCUGUGGUGUACCUAGCCUGUGAUCUUCUUGGCCAGGAAGAGAUCCUUCUGCAAGUCUCUCAAACAUUUGGGUCCAAGAUAUUUGUAGAUAAAGCCAAUAGCCCAGAUUCUUUUCAAUCUUUUAUGCUUACAGUUCCUGAAAUACUCGCUCAUGAUCCAUCUCCCCGUUUCCAGUUAUUUGAAGGAUUUCCUAAACUGUAUGAGAGAGCAAGGGCAAAGAUAGCUGAGGCCCAAGCUAAUUUCCAGCCUGAGCCUCUCAUAAUCCGCCCUUCAGCACAGUGGUAUGCAUGUGAUGAAGAGCUGUCUGGGGUUGGGAGAGUAAGAAAACAAAGAUAUAGUGAAGCUGUAAGGGAUCAGUUUGGUGUUUGGCAUGUUUGUUAUUCGAUGCAUUCAUCAAGGGAAGAAUUGGAGUGGGCCCUACAACUUCUUGCUCCGAAGUGGGUCGUCUCAACAACCCCGAGUUGCAGAGCUAUGGAGCUAGAUUAUGUCAAGAAACAUUGUUUUCGCACUAAAAUAACUUCCAAUGACCCUAUCUGGAAGCUUCUUGACAUUAAUACAGAAGUCCCUCUGUUUGCCACAGGUGAGGGGGGAUCCCCUGUAGUAGAAAUAUCCUGGCAGACUCCAGCUGAAACCCAAUUGCAAAUGAAGAAGAUAUCUAAUAGCUGCAGAGAAGUACUGUGUUUGUCUCCAAAUGAAAGAUUUCCUCUCACAUUAUUUGGACGAGCAAGACAUGGUCUCCCAGAUAUACCUGUGUUUGAAGAGAAUAAAAUCUCGUCUGUACAUGAGGACAUUUCACAGAUCACUUUGAAUGCUGUAGGACCAAAAUCUCAAUACCAAAAGAAUAUUGCUUUUAAAGAUCAAUGCAAGAAGCUGUUGGAGAGCACGACAAAGAUUAGUGUUGAAGUAGAGAGUGAGAAUUCAAUGGAAACAGAGUCAGUUGUUCGUGAGAGUGUUUCUUGUUCGCCACUUGUAUCAUCAAAGAACUUCAGCAAAAGCUUUAGAAAGUUGUACAGGUCAAUGAAUGUUCCAGUGCCGCAGCCUCUUCCCUCCUUAGUGGAACUUAUGAAAGCCAAUAAACGCCCCAAGAGGAGGUUUGAAUUUUAGUUCUUCCUACAAUUUGUGAUGGACAGCCUACACAUCUGCAAGAAAACUGGAGUCCCUGUUAAGCAAUCAAAUGUCCGUUGGAUCAGACUUUCAUCUCAACUGACUCUGCUUUAUAAUGCAUCAGUCUCCAAGAUUCAAGUCCUUAAGAACAGGGCAAGCAUUUAUGAAGCCCUAUCAGUUUGGUGGCCAAGUUAUACAACACAUUCAUUUUUAGGUAUCCUAGUUUGCCCACCACCCAAUUAGAAAACCUGAUGUACAAUGAUUCUUUUACCUGAUGAACAAGGGGCAUUUGGAUUGGGGUUUUGAUCUACAAACACUGCAACACUAAAGUGCAGUAAUGUCUUCUCAGCAUUCAUUUUUUGUGUUAGGUGUUUCUUGCCUUCAGAAAGCUGAAAGGACUUGUUUAGUGGUAAUUUUCAAUUUCUAAAGUGUCCCUAUUGUCACGGGUAUCACAUUAGAGAAAUGUAUCAUAUCUGUUACAACAUCAAUUUGAAUGCAAACCUGUUGAUUGAAUGUUGCUA